AGGUGUUUUCGUAUGCCCCACCACGGAUGUUCCAAGGGUUGCAGAAUUAUAAAAGCAUUGCCCAUCGGCCAGUUCGAUAUCACAGCUCGCUCUGCCUUCAAGCUAACCACACCCAAGAUCCUAAUCCUCAAUCCAAGCAAGAUGUUCGCCAAGAUUGUGCUCGUUGCUCUGUGCGUGGCUUCUGCCCAGGCUGGUCUCCUGCCCUUCCAUGCUCCAGCUCCUCUGGCUGCCCCCCUGGCCGCUCCUCUUGCUGCUCCUCUGGCUGCCCCUCUGGCUGCUCCUGUGGCCACUGCUCCUGUCGUUGCCCCCUACGCCUCCAGCUUCAACGCCCAUCGCAUCAACCACGCUGUGGCCUACCCAGUGGCUCCUGCACCAGUUGCCUUCGCCGCCCCCGUUCCUGCCCCCCUGCCUGUGCCUGUAGCUGCUCCUGCCCCGGUGGCCUUUGCCGCUCCUGCCCCCGCUCCAGUGGCCUUCGCCGCCCCAGCUCCUCUGCCAGUGGCCGCUCCUGCUCCAGUUGCCUUCGCCGCUAAGGUUCCAUUCGGUCUGCCCGCCUUCGCUGCUCCGGCUCUGGCUCCAGCUGCUCCCGCCGUCGCUGUGGCUGCUCCCCCUAAGGUAGCCUUCGCCGCCCCAGCUCCAGUGGCUGCUCCCUUGGCCGCUCCUCUGGGAUUCGCCCCUGCCCCGGCGCCAGUUGCUUUCGCUGCCCCCGCCAAGUUCGGAUUUGCGCCUUUCGCCGCUCCUCUGGCUGCUCCCGCCCCUCUGGCUGUUGCUCCCAAGUUCGCCCCCGCCCCCUACUUCUUCUAAGGAAUUAGCCCAAGGAUCACCCACCAUCAGCACCCUUUCAUCCGUCCUAUUAGCUUGUAGGCUUAGUCCCAAUUAUCAUCCCUAGAGAGCACAAUGUUUGGUGAAUAAACAAUGAAUUUUUAAAUUUAA